CUUUAAUUCCACCUUUAUCUGUCUUAGCAAUUAAAGCAGAUAUUCAUGAAAAAUUUAUUAUUAGUGUGAAGUCUGCUGUUAUAGGAGGAAUGAGAAUAACUUGGGAGCAAGAAGAGAUGAAAACUUGGAGGAAUGUCGUGCUUAUGAAACUCCUCUAUCAUUCAAAUUUAGCUCCUUCAAAGCAUAGACUAGAUGCAUUAUAUGAUGCAUUUACCAAGACUAGUGUUUUAGGGCCAGAACAUAUAUUGGCUCUAGCACGA